UGCCCACAACAUUGGAUACGUCCACAGCGCUGCGCGAUCGCGCCCAGAGCGCGCGCUUCGGGCUACUUGUGUUCCGUGCCACAUCGUAAAUCUCCUGUACGACGACGGCGUCGUCGACAGUAAUUGGUACUCAAGAUGGCAAGUGCGCCCAACAAGAAGAUCGUCGUCAAGGCGUCAGAUAUCCCCGAGCACAUGCAGCAGGAAGCAAUCAAGGUGGCCGUUGAGGCCAUCGAACGGCACAAGAUCUUGCGAGACGUCGCCGCUUUUAUCAAGACCGAAUUCGACCGCAAAUUCAUGCCUACCUGGCACUGCGUCGUCGGAAGGAGCUUCGGCUCGUACGUCACCUACGAGACGAAGCGGUUCACCUACUUCUAUGUCGGCCAGGUUGCCGUGCUUCUCUUCAAGGCUGGUUAGUCCGUCUAUACGAACCAGCGACAUGCUGCUGUCGGAACUGCCUGAGUAGACUUAAGUGCCCUGUGGUAUGCUGCUGGGGAGUGUGAAUAAAUCCUUUUCGUUGCGUGUG